AUGUAUGUUAAGUAUGCCAAGGAGUGUGGAUUUUCAGUCAGGAAAUGGACUACAAAGACAAACUCUAAAGGUGUUUUACAUAUUAAGUAUUUCUGGUGUACGAGAGCUGGGGUAUAUAAGGACAAGAAGGUUGAUACGUUGGACCCCAAUCAAAAGGAGCGAGUAGUGCGAUCUAACUUUUCAAAGAGGACUGAUUGUGGUGCACUGUUAUGUGUAGAAUUUGAGGAUGGAUUUUGGAAGGUGUAUAAGUUUGUUGAGGAGCACAAUCAUGAACUUGUUGAACGUCCAGAUAAGCAUUUUCUUCCAACUGAACGACACCUCACUCAGCUCCAGAAGCAUGUUAUACACAACAUGUCUAAGCUGAAUUUGGGUCCUGUCAAGGCGUUUAAUGUUAUGAAGACUUGUUUUGGCGGUUUUGCAGACGUGGGCGCAAGCAAAGUUGAAUUUAAGAACUAUAAGAGAUACUCUAUGGUGUUUGUACCGUUCACUGGUAUAGACAAUCAUCACUGCAAUGUUACAUUUGGUGCAACAUUGUUGGCGUCGAAAACUGCUAAUACGUAUAUUUGGUUGUUAAGAGUUUUUCUUAAAAUUGUUGGUUCUCAACCAAAAUUUGGUGUCACUGACCAAGAUCCAGCGAUGAAGAAGGCUAUUUCUGCUGUAUUUGUUGACACGAGGCAUCGGUUAUGCAUGUGGCAUGUGAUGCAUAAACUUUCUCUGAAGACGGAUAUUCUCACACCUGAAGAGUUUGAAUCAGAAUGGGAAGCGGUUAUUGCAGAAUUCAAUUUAGAAGAUAAUGACUGGCUAUCUGAUAGUUUUGCACUUAGGGAAUCUUGGAUCCCUGCAUACUAUAGAAUGGAGCAUAUGUCUGGUCUUAUGCGAACGACAUCCAGGUCGGAGAGUGAGAAUCAUUUUUUUGGUCAAGUGUGCAAUUCGAAAGCUACUCUUGUUGAGUUCAUGAUGCAUUAUGAGACUGCAAUAGAAACACAACGUCACACACAUCCUGAGCUUAUUGGAGUUGCGGAUUGCAUAAAUCAACGUUACGAAGAUCAGCCUGAUGGGUUUGUUAAGUUUUAUGUAAAUGACUUCCAACAGCUUUACAAACAUUCUAUGCAUGGCGUUAUAGAGAUAUUGUUUUUGGCGUUUUUCAGACAUAUAUUCUAUGUUUUGAGACUUAUGGAGAUUAGGGAAUUCCCAAAACAAUACAUUCUGAAUAGAUGGCGCAAAGAGGCCUCCCCAAACUGCUCUCCUGAAUUCUCAAUUAGUCGUGAAUAUAUGACCGAGCUUGAUCCUGAUGUGCAAAGUAUAAUGCGAGAUAUUAUUUAUUCAACCGAAUACACUUUGAACCGUUUAUCUGGUAAUAAAGAGGAGCUAUCCUUAUACAAGGAUCAUGUUCAAUAUUAUAUGAAGAAGGUUCAAGAUAUGCAGAUUGUUGCUCCUCCCGCUAGUUCUAGGGAUAGAUUUGCCGAGAUAACUGGUCAAUAUAAAAAUGACAAGAAUCAGAUAAGAGUCCCUGUAGGUUAUAAAUCCAAAGGUUCUGGUUCUCGGAAGCGCCUGAAAUCUAAACAUGAGAUGGCAAUCGACAAAAGAAAUCAAAGUCGAAACCCGGGGCCAAAGAAAGACAGUGUCAGAACUGCAAAGCCUAUGGACACUACGCAUCAACAUGCAAACAGGCCGUAA